CAACACUCAAACUCACUCUUCGAUAUGGCUCGUCUGGCUGUCUUGGCUGUGCUGGUUCUGGUGGCGGUAGCUUACUCUGAAGCUCAGGUAGCUGGGGACUCCUACGACCCCAACCCGCAGUACUCUUACUCCUACUCCUCCAAUGACCCCGUGACCGGGGACAAUCACGGCCAGAGCGAGACCAGGCAAGGAGAUGUCGUCCAGGGCAGCUACUCUCUCACGGAAGCCGACGGCUCCAUCAGGACCGUCCAGUACACAGCUGACCCCGUCCACGGAUUCAACGCCGAAGUUCACAGAACAUAGAAAUCUAGUCCAGGCGUCGACGCACUAGUUACCUGAAUCCUAUUUGAAGUGAUACAACGAUUUAUGUUGAGAAAAGACUAAAUUUUAUUUGUUUUUUAAAUGUUUUUUAUUAUAUAAAAUUAUAAAUAAAAAUAUAAUAAUAAUGUUUAUGUUUAUUUCAUAAUGUACUGACCGAAAACAAUCUAUUAAUUUUUUUUUUUAUUAAAAGUUCUUAAAUGAUAGGAAAUAUUUCAGAAAAGUAUUCUGGUAGAAAUGAAUAUACACAUUUAUAGAGAUGUUUAUUCAUAUGAGACAAUAAUAAAUUUUGUUUGAACAGGGAAAAAUAAUCUGAAUUACCUAAAACUAAAUUUAUUCUAGGAAAUGUCUCCUAAACAUAACAGCUGUUUACAGAAAAAUACAGCUUAUUCCUAGCCAAAAGAUCAGAUAAAAUUAAAUAAAAAAAUAGAAGCAAAAGAAAUACUAAUAUAAAUCAAAUAAAAUUGAAUAGUAAUGAUAAAUUUACAUUAUCACUAAUUUAAAUAAAUCCUAAUAAAUUUAAGUUUGUAUUCAAAGGUAAAAAACCUGAGUAAUAGAAAUGGAAUCAUAUAUAUUGAAAUAAGAAAGUUUUAAGUGCGAAAUAGAUAAAAACACGUCGAAUUUGAAGGGAGAAGAAAUUCUAAAAUGUGGUGGAGAGGGAACAGAUCUGUAUACAGGUGUAUAAAGGUCAGAGGAUCUAGAUCAUGUGGUGACUGGAUGUGGAACUUGAACUAGAGUAGAUUAUAGAAAAUGUGUCUAGAAAAAAUUAUCUAUGAAAGGAGGAUAAG